AUGACUAAGAAUAAGAAACAUUUUGUUUAUGUAAGAUAUUCAGCCACUAUUAUAUUAUUCUUGUAUUAUCAGGAUCUGAUAGAAAUCGAAGCAAUUUGUAAUGGUCCAGAUAUGAGGGAGUUCCUGGCGUAUGAAGGUGACUCUCAUAUUGCUUUUGUGAAAAAGUCUCCAGACAUCUCUGUACCCCGGUUCGAUAAGAUGCUGAUGAGGGGUGUGUCCGAGGUUGUAGACAGAAUUAAAGCCCUACCAAACAUCCCACAGGAAGUCAUGUCUGGACUGCGAGGUCGUGAAACGCCUGAUGAAAAGCCAGUCCGCAGUCGAAAUCAACCUGAUUCUGACUCUGUUGAUGUGAACACAGCAUACAGCAUGGACAUGAUCUCAGAGACUAGCAAUGUCUUACCCAUGAGCUCACUUCAGAUAUUGCAAGAUUUGGAUACAGAAGAUGACAAAGAUCUCAUCCACAGUGUCAUCACAGACCCAAGGAACAUUGAGCAACAAAAUGAAGCUUACAAACAGGAAGUGGAGACAGUGCUGGCUGGCUUACCCAGAAUUCAAGCUACCAAUGAGUAUGUCAACCUGAGUUUGGCUGUUCUUGACCUUCUGGUUGAAGGUCUUCAGGAGAGUGAUCACUGGAUCUGUAGAGAGAGGGUAGUUAAGUCCAUGCAUGCAGUUUUAGAGAAAGCUCUCAACAGGUAUCUUGAGAACUCCAUUUCCUCACUAACCUCAGAGCCACAGCUGGUUAGUUACAUCAAACUUUUGAGGGAAACCAUUUGGCCACAGGGACAGCUGUGGUCAAACUCACACACAGUUAAAACUGAAGAUCAGAGGGCAGCAACAACAGAAAAAGCAAAACAGUGUCUCAUCAACUUCUUCCCAGUUUCCUUGAGAUUGGUGAUAGGAUACCAAGAGUUUGACAAAAUGAUUUCAGAUUUUCUCAGCAGCCUUAAAAGUGAGAAACUUAACAGACAUAUUCUCUACAUUAUACUGGAUAUGCUGGUAGAGCAACUUUUCCCGGAGGUCACAAGCCACGAUCUUCUGCAAGGACUUUUCUUUUCAAGAUCACGGAGCACAUAUUUACCAUAA